AUGUCUGCGAAUAGCUCUAAUAAGAGGAAAAGAGACGGCUCUGUUGAGUUGAAGUUAUGUGUUAUAUGUAACAGUAGAUGCGACGAUAUUCUACACGAAGGCACAGAGAGGGGACUAGCGAAGUUAAAAGAAGCGACCAAUGCGAGACGCAACGCACCUAAUGACACGUGCUACAAUGAGGCAAUGGAUCGCAUAUGUAUUGCAUUUGACUCUUCCCUUGCCGGUGAUCCUGAACUGGUUUGGCAUAGGAAAUGUUACUCAGACUUCACUCAUAAAGGCAAAAUUAAGCGCUUGACCGAAACUGUGCAAAGCGAUAACACAUCUAAACGAAGAAGGGAGUCAUCUGAAGGCAUGCCGUCUGGUGUUUCUACUUCGGAGGCUUGCUCAACAAGGCGAUCAACUCAACCAGUAAAUUGGGAUUUAUGUAUGUUUUGUCAGGAGCCUGAUGGAAAACAGCGCCUUAUUUCAGUGUCCACAUUUAACGUGAGUAAAAAUAUUCUAGAAUUGUCUAAACUGGAUAACAAGAUGCGAGUUCGCCUUGCAGGAGUAAAUGAUCUCAUUGCUGCUGAAGGCAAGUAUCACCAAAAUUGCCGAAAUGAUUACAGUUAUAGUACAUCCAAAACAAAGAAAGAAUCAGAGAACACUGACAUUGCCUUCAUAUUCCUGUGCAAUGAGCUCCAGUAUGCUGCCGAAAAAGAACAGGUUCUUCAACUAUCGGACGUCUGGCAGCGAUAUCAGGACAUAGCUGCUGAAACAGAGACAUCCGUUCCUCAGUCGUUUUUCAGUCGUAGAACCUCAUUCAAAGAAAAAUUAGUGGAAAGGUUGGGUAGCUUGUUUGAAUUUGUACAACCGCUGGAACGAAACAAAUUAGAAAGAGAACCAUUACUUAUUCCACGGAAGUAUUCCCACGAUGUACUUGCUGAUUACUACUAUUCUACGAUUAGUAACGAUGAUAUGCUCACUAUGCCCACUUACCAACACGACGAUGAUGCAUUUCGUUCGCUAAUUCACGUUGCUCUACAGAUACGAGGUGACUUUAUUGCGACACCUGGACAUGAAGGCCUUGAUGUGGCCGAGGCCGCUGCAAUUGACUGCGUCCCCGAUAGAUUAUACAUGUUCUUGAAUGUGGUUCUUGGCGGGCAAACACUCAUAGACUGUGAUAGUGAAACCGAAGGUAAAGGCAGUGCAAAGCGCCAAACGCUGAUUCUGAGCCUCGCACAAGAUAUAGUAUACGCAGUGAGCGAGGGUAAAAGGUGGACUCCAAAGCAUAUCGGUCUUGCAAGCACACUGCAUCAACUGACAAGGUCGAAGCAUUUGGUGGAGCUUUUCCAUCGUGCGGGGCACAUUCUCAGCUAUAAGCAAGUGCUGAAGAUUGAUACAGCGCUAGCAGAGCAUACACUGCAAUCGAUGAAUAGAGACAAUGGUGCUGUAGUUCCGCCCAACCUCUCAAGUGACGUCUUCACCCACUACACCGCCGAUAACAUCGACAUCAACGAUUCAACUCUGGAUGGCAAGAAUACAUUCCAUGCAACUCAAGUGGCUGCAUGGCAAAGAGGCCCUGCACCAGACGCACAACUAUCGCAAUUAAAGCCAUCGUCAAAUGUUACUUUGAAAAUUCCAGAAGCCAUGGAAAAACUUAUACCAGCAAAUAUCAACGAGGGUAAAACAUGCCCAGUAUUUGCCGAGUGCGUCGAGAUCGAGUGGUACACAGUUGAGAAGGACGAGUCUGACAUUGCGCAGCAAGCACGCGCCAUCGAUAUGUCUUACCUUGUGACGCGACAAAACAAAGAAACACGUCCUAGCUGGUCGGCUUUUAAUCAGUCGUUAAGUAAACGGAGUGCAGAAAGCGCGGCAAUUACUACUGUGGGUUACAUGCCAAUAAUUCAGGCACCAGCACACGAGAUAGAUACACUGAACACUGUAGUGAGACGCUGUAUGUACAUCUCUUCGCAACUAGGGCAAGAAUACACAGUUCUCACAGUUGAUCAAGCCUUGUAUUACAAGUUAAUGGACCUCAAAUGGACUAUCCCUGAAUACAAAGAUAAGCUGAUCCCGCGUCUCGGUGGACUGCACAUUUCCAUGAAUUUUCUCAAGGUUAUUGGGCAGCACACCAAAGACUGUGGCCUUGCUGAAGCAUGGGCAGAAGCAGGGAUUUUAGGUAGCAGCACAAUCGAGCAUGUGAUGGCGGGAAAGGCAUACAAUAAGGGAAUGCGCAGCCACAAGUUAUCAUUUCAAGCAUUGUGGAGACUUCUUUUACCCGAGUUGCUAACAUUUCUUCGAACCAUUGAUGCAAAUCUUGCGGAUGAAAUUGAGAAGCUGUCCGAAGCCGACGACAUCGACAAGUUGACGACAACGCUGAAAACGGCAAGGUACAUGUCACACGAAUAUUUUUGGCCAAUUUUAAGUUUUCAUGUCUCCCAGCCUUAACAUUUACACGUUUCUUGUCUACUUCGACUUAUAUAUAUUUUCAAAUUUUCAGGCUUCAAGAUGUCAUGGAUAAAUUCGUAGAGGAGCGAUCAUCAAAUGCAAAUUUUUAUUUUUGGUGGAGUUAUCUGGAGAUGGUAUCUAUUUUGUUAAUGUUUACUAGAGCCCAGCGUGAUGGCAUAUGGGACUUGCACUUGUUUUCAUUCAGAUGCAUGCUGCCUUAUUUUAUGAGGUACGAUCACACAAAUUACGCAAGAUGGGGACCAAUCUAUCUCGCAGAGAUGCAUCAGUUACCGGCAAAAGUGCUUGAGGAAUUUAAGAAGGGCAAUUUGGUUGUCAAACGAUCUGCAGCCGAUUUCAACCAAGUGAGCCCAGACCAAGCUCAAGAAUGGUUGAAUGCGACUGGAAAGAAAGGCGGAGGUGUGGUGGGUAUAACCAAAACAGCUUCAGCAUUAAGCAGAUGGGCUCUCUCAUACAAUCUGCGUUCUCAUGUCGCCGCUGAAACUGCACUGAC